AUGGACACACCGCAAGUGAAGCUCUCGGAGCUCCUCCGCAUUCCAGAUGACCUCGACAAGAUCACCGCGCUGAAGCAGGAAUUCACGCGCAAGAAGGAGAAUGUCGACGCUCAGUUACGAGGCGGUCUUCGCGAUCAAUUGGAGACGUCACAGUCUGGCAUGAAUGGCUUGACUGAGGGGCAGAAAUCGGUUCAGCAGAUCAAGGACGAGAUGAUCAAGAUCGACAAGCUAUGUUCCGAGUCGCAGAACAUGAUCAAGGACUUUGCAACAAUCAACCUCGUCUCGCAAGCACAUCGAAACUUUGGCGCUGUUGAGACGAUGCGCAAGAACCUUGAGACCUUCAACUCGCGUCUGGAUAUGGUCGAGAACAUGCUGCGGGAAGACGAGGCGGACCAGGAGAAUAUGCCGAAUUUGUUGCCCAUUCAUUACGAACUCACGCAAUUACGGAACAUUCGUGACGAUGCCAUGGAACAAAUACAAAGAGCGGAGGAUCCCAGUUUACAAUCCACCCUAGAGGACUAUUUCGAAAGGCUGGACGGAGCAAUAGACUGGUUUGAUGAGCACGUCGGCUUGAUCGCUACCAGUCUCAUCACGCUCGUUACCUCCGAGAACAAUGGACUAAUAGUGCGUUUCGCCUUGAUCAUUGAAGCAGAGGAGAAGAGCGACCAGAGAGUGCUUGCUCUGCAAGAGGCGCUCAAGGAUCAUAAGGAAAUCGCUACUCGAUUUCAGAGCAUCACAGAUGGUGCCAAGACAGUCAGAGGCUACAAAGACAAAUUCAUACAAGCGAUCAAGGCUUAUGCCGAGGCCCAGUUUACAGCAACAAGAGAAGAGUUCCUCGAGGAUCCUUCGAAGUUAGAAAAGAUUUUGAAGUGGUACUUCAAUGAUCUCAACGCUGUACGGAUAGGAAUGGUGCCAUUGAUGCCCAAGAAGUGGAAAAUCUUCAAAACCUAUACCAAUAUUUACCAUGGACUUAUGCAUGAUUUCUUGACGGCGAUGAUUGACGAUCCGGAGAGCAGUUCUGCCAACACCCUCGAGAUCAUUAAUUGGCCGGACAAGUACUACAAAAAGAUGAAGAAGCUCGGAUCGACACAGGAUGAGCUCACGCCACAUGUUAUCGACAAUCGUGAGACUGAGCUCGUGCGGGACUUCAGGCAACUCAUUAUCAAGUUUUUGGAUGAGUGGAUUGAUCGCAUUUUCAAGCAGGAGAAGAAGGAUUUCGCCGAACGCAACGUGGAAGGUUCUAACCUCGACAAUGAUGAAUACGGCUACUUCAGGACCAAGAAUCUGGUGGACAUGUGGAGGAUGUUACGAGAACAAAUUGACGUUGCUGCAAACUCACAACGAACGGACGUCAUUGAAGGUGUCAUCGAUGCUAUGUUUAUACGGCUCAGGGGUCGGCAACAAUCCUGGCAGAAGAUGCUCCAAGAGGAAGCGUCAAGAUAUGAGAGCGGGAGAGAACCCGAACUGGACGGCUUUCAGUCUCUACAGGAUUGGCUCGUUGCUACGGCUAACGAUCAAAUUGCCUGUAUUGAUGACAACGAGGAAGAAAGUAGGUUCGCCUACCUGUCAAGUUUUCGACAGAAAUUUGAGCCAAUUGUCACGCCGCAAUAUAUGGAGCGAGCAGAUACUGAAGUCAGCGCAUUGCGGGACGGCUAUGUUGACUUCAGCACUUGGUGCAUCACGAAGUUUGCGCAGCUAAUCUUCGCGGUGGACUUCAAAACCGUCAUGCCAGAUUUCUUUACGCCAAAAUGGUACACUAGCACUGCAAUGAGACAAAUGAUAGUAACAUUCGAGGAGUACGUCGGCGACUAUCGACAAGUUUUACACCACUCUCUCGUGGAUAUCUUCAUCGAGAUUUUCGCAGACGAGCUGCUCGUACGGUAUUUGUCCUCUGUUAGGAACAAGGGCGCCAAGUUCCGAAGAACAGAUCAGUUCAGUGAGAAAAUUUUUGACGAUUUAUCUACGGCCUUCGAGUUUUUCAGUAACCUACCGAAUCCGGACGUCGGAAACUCGAUCAAACAAACCUGGAGAGUUACAGAGCUGUUUGAGCAAUUACUUACGGCACCGAAAGAUAGUGUACCCGACACGUUCGAAAGAUUCAAAACUACGUACUGGGAUUUGCAGAUCAGCUGGGUUGAGGCAGUGCUAAGAUCUCGAGAUGACUUUGAAAGGAGCAUGCUAAACGCUGUCAAAGCCCGAGCGGCACAGAUGUAUGUUGAUAGAGGUCCAGAGACCAUUAUGAGCAAGGUCAAAUAA